AUGCUCUCCGCUUCCUUGUUGCGAUACAGGCUGAGGAAGUUGUGGAGAUUUCGUCGGCGGUCGGUGGUGUUGGUGGCCGCGGCGUUUGUUCUGGUAAGUGUGUUAGCGACGUGUUUACCACACUCCAAAAGCCGUUCGAAACCAAGCUUCUAUGAUCUCCAUAGACAAGAUCUGGCAUCCAAGCGGUCUUUAGGGACUCCCAACUAUGCACAUGCGCAAGAUGGUGUCAGGAUGUCGCUGAAAGCAGACUCAAAAGCCAGAAUCCCUGAGUCCAGAGCAUCCCGCAAGUCCGCCGAAGAGCUCCAGCGCAUCCUCAAGCUUCAGAAUUUCUACAAUAAGGUGCUAGACACUAUUUAUCAUAACAAGCCGACACUUGGUCUCGAGCCAAUAGCAUUCAAGGAAACCUCUGAGCAGCACAUCCCUCGCAAGUUUGGUCGCUCAAAAGACGUUGCACUUAACGUUGCCCUCCACGAUAAGGAUCCGGCGCUGCCCACUUUGUCCGAGUAUGUUCUAGACGAGGUUCUCCAACUUCCUGGAGCUUUUGUGAAUCCAUUGGCCCAGUCCCAUGCGAAUGUAGUGGGUCAGUUGCCCGAGUCCUUGCCUAUGGAGUCAUAUUCCGGCAACGGCGUGGUUUUCAUCGGCGGGGCCAAGUUCUCGUGGCUUUCAUUGCUCAGUCUGGAGAACAUGAGGAUGACGGGGUCUCAGGUGCCUGUGGAGAUCAUGAUUCCCACCGAACGCGAAUACGAGCCUCAGUUGUGCGAGCAGAUCCUGCCAAAAAUGAACGCACGCUGUGUAAUGCUCACGGAUAUUAUUCCUGAGUUCACUAGUUCCAAACUCAGUGGCUAUCAGUACAAGUCACUUGCAAUAUUGGCAUCUAGUUUCGAAAAUGUGCUACUUCUAGACUCGGACAAUACCGUGGUUUCUAACCCGGACGUGCUGUUUGAUUCUGAGCCUUUCCUUUCUAAGGGACUCGUCACUUGGCCUGAUUUUUGGAAGCGUGUUACGCAUCCAAUGUACUAUAGACUAGCUGGAAUCAAGCUUGGAAAGCGUGUUCGCAAUGUGCUUGAUGAUGUGACGAAUCCCAGCGAGUAUGUAGAUGAAAGUGCGGACUUGACCAAAGAUGUCCCCUUGCAUGACAGAGAGGGUUCGAUUCCUGACAUAUCCACAGAAAGCGGUCAAAUGAUCAUCAACAAACGCACCCACGGAAAGGCUAUUCUUUUGUCACUUUACUACAAUGUGUAUGGUCCUUUACACUACUAUCCGCUUUUUUCACAGGGAGCCAAUGGAGAGGGUGACAAGGAGACGUUUGUGGCCGCUGCCAAUUUUUUCAAACUGCCCUAUUACCAGGUCAAGAAAGGAGUUGAUGUGGUUGGUUUCUGGAAGGAUGAUCCGCAUGAAUAUACGGGAGUCGGGAUGAUUCAGUACAAUCCGAUUGUGGAUUUUGAGAAUGUGCGAAACUUCACCAAAUUGGAGGAGUUACAUGCUAAAAAACUGGGUGAACUGGCAAAAACAAGACUUGGGAGGCUGAAAAUGUGGGCAUUUGGAUUGGACAAGUACAAUCCCACCAAAUUUGAAAAUUUCUUCACCAAGGGGAACUCACAGUCGAUGUUUAUCCAUUCAAACUACCCAAAGUUGGACCCUGUGGCGCUCCGUCGCGAAAACAAGUUAUUUCUGGAUCAGGAUCCAUCCAAAAAGCGGAUCCGCACAUAUGCGGACCAGACAGGAUUGGAUUUUGACUAUGAACUACGACAAUGGACAAUAAUCAAGAAGUUCUGGUGUGAUGUGAAGCUCGAGCUGAAUUAUUUGAGCGAAGGCGGCGUGAAGAGUGAGCAAUAUUGUGAUUUCAUCAUGGAGGAGCUGAACUUUUUGGAGUCCACCACAGCCAAGAUCAAGUUGCAGCCACGCGAUAAGUGA